AUGGUGCUGGCUUGGGCGCUCCCUGUCUUGAGCCUCCUCCCUCUGCUGGAUGCCCAGGACCCAGCAUGUGCCAACCUAACAGCAAUGCCUAUCACCAACGCUACCCUGGAGCGGAUCUCUGGCAAAUGGUUUUACAUCGCCUCAGUCCUACAAGAGCCCAGCUACAACCGGGAGUCCAGACAGAUCCAAGCAGACUUCUUUUACUUUACCCCCAACAUGACGGAGGACAAGAUAUUGCUUCGCGAGUACCAGACCAUCCGGGGCCAAUGCAUUUAUAACUCCAGCUACCUGGAGGUCCAACGGGAGAAUGGAACCCUCUCUAAACACUUGUCAGAUGGAAAACAUUUUGCCUACUUGUUGCUUACCAAGGACCCCAAGACCUACAUGUUCUCCUUCUUCCCAGAAGAUGAGAAGAACCGGGGGCUGUCCUUCUACGCUGACAAGCAGGAUGUGACAGAGGAACAACUGAGAGAGUUCUAUGAUGCCCUCAGGUGCAUGGGCCUACAGGAGACGGAUAUAUUGUACACUGAUGGGAAAAAGGACCUGUGUGGGCCGCUGGAGCAGCAGCAUGAGGAAGAGAGGAAGAGAAACCAGGAGUCCUAG